CCAGUUGAUGGAGGGGAGGGGUAAACCCAGUUUAGGAUUAUAGGCAGUGUUCAUUGAGUGUGUGCGCACUGAGCAGCAGCAGCAACAGUUUCCCUUCAACACAACGUUUGCUCCACAGAAAGUGUAAUGGCUAAAUACAGGCUUAAGCCCUGGCUGGUUUGCUGCUUCAUCUUGGCUGGUUUACUUUGCGCCGUUGCUCUCGUCUGUCUGUUCUUCGUCUCACUGGUGGACAGAGACCGUCAAAGCGGCUGCUUCACGCGCGCGGCUGUGUCUGCGGACUCGCGACGUUGUUCCGAGAUUGGCAGGAACAUGCUCAAGCAAGGGGGGUCGGCAGUAGAUGGCGCCAUUGCAGCUCUUCUGUGCACGUCUGUGGUCAAUCCUCAGAGUAUGGGGAUUGGAGGAGGAUCUAUAUUUACCAUAAGAAAUAAAAAAGGCGAAGUUAAAGUCUACAACUUCAGAGAAACCGUCCCAAAGUCUUUCCGAAAAAACCUGUUAAAAGAAUGUCGCACCACAUUCGGAUUCAGCCGAGGCAGCCAGUGGAUCGGUGUUCCCGGAGAGCUGCGGGGAUACGAGGCAGUUCACAAAAAGUAUGGGAAGCUGCCUUGGGCCAAGCUGUUUGAGCCAACAAUUACACUGGCCAGGGAGGGCAUGCCUGUGUCGGCGACUCUGGGAAAGCUUCUGAAGAUCAACUUUGUAAAAGAUCACGUGGAAAAAUCAUCUGUGUGUGAAGUUUUCUGCGACAAAAAUAGAACCGUUUUGAGCACAGGAGACAUCCUGAAGUUUCCUAAACUUGCAGAAACCAUGGAAACAAUUGCAGAGCAAGGGGCAGAUGCUUUCUACACUGGCAAGAUAGGACGUGACUUAAUCCAAGACAUAGAAGCUGCAGGUGGGACUUUAAACAUGGAGGAUCUGAAGUCCUUCCAGAUGCGGGUGGUGGAUGCGUUGACAGUUUCUGUGGGAAAUACUCAGAUGUACGUCCCUCCACCACCUACCGGGGGCUCCCUGCUUGCCUUCGUUCUCAAACUGAUGCAAGGGUUCCCUUUGACUCCAAACUCCCUGGAUGGUGACCAGAAGAUUCAGAUGUACCAUCACUAUAUAGAGGCAGCGAAAUUUGCUAAUGGACAAAAAAGGAGCAUUAAUGAUCCUUUCUUUAAUGACAAUAAGAGCUCAGCUCAUUUGCUUGAUCCCACCUUCAUUAAUUACACCAGGGACAUGAUUUCAAACCGCACCCAUGAGAAGUCCUACUACUACAACGUCAAGCCCUCCCCUGAUCACGUUGGGACGACACACGUGUCUGUCCUGGAUGAAGAUGGACUCGCUGUGUCUGCCACCAGCACCAUAAACCAAAUUUUUGUAGCUUUGGAGGGAGGCGUUUACUCUCCACGAACGGGCAUCAUCCUCAACAAUGAGCUGUCCGACUUCUGUGGGAGAGCAGACACAGUGAGGCCAGGUGAACAGCCUCCGUCCUCAAUGGCUCCGGUAAUACUGGAGUCAAAGUCCGGAGGACUCCUAGUGAUCGGUGGAUCUGGGGGAAGCCUGAUUACCUCAGCAGUGGCCUUGUCUAUAAUAAACCACCUGUGGCUGGGGAUGAAUCUGAAAGACGCUAUUGCUGCGCCUAUAGUGUUUGUUGAUUCCGAUAACAAUGUGAAUUUUGAGCCUGGUUUUAACGAGUCUGUGAAAAAAGGCCUCAUAGCUCUUGGACACAAACCUGGGACCUGGAUAUACUGGGUAAAUGUAGUCAAUGCUGUUGGAAAGGAGAACGGAUGCAUCACGGCCGUAUCAGACAGCAGGAAGCUGGGCGAGUCCGCUGGAUACUGACCACAGAGACCAUGAAGAAGCACCAGCUUCCCUCUAAAAUCGGACUCAACCAUCAGCCUUUAAAGAACACUUCACCCCCAAAAAGACCAUUUGUUUAUCAAUAACUUUCUUUUGUUUAAUUCAAUUUUGUUUUUCGCUCAUGCCUUCAGGGUUUACAAAUAAUCCUAAAGCCUUACUGUUUAAACACUUCCACACAAACAGUCUCAAGUGUUUUAAAUAGUGAGUGGAAAGACGUGAGUUUGGGAAGUAGUGAGUGGAUUAUACUGCACGAGUUGUGUGAGAGCUGGGAAACCAACGUUUGAUAUAGUUUUGCUGUUGUUACUUUUGACUUUAAUGUUCGGCUUUUCCACUGCUGUGCUCACCAGAAAUGUCAGUAAUAAUCCCUCCACGGCAAGUAGGCCACAUCAGGUCAUAUUGAACCAGGAGGUCGGGUCUUAACUGUUACAGAGCGACUUCUUUUCCCAAACUGUUCUUUCUUGACAUUUUGAACAAAUCUUACAUCAAUGUCCACUUAUAAGUCAUUUUUCUAGAGCUUUCAAUUGCAUCUCACAGUCUUCAUCACCAAAGGGAGUUUGCUCUGUUGUCAAGACAAUUGAAAUUUCUAUAAAAGUUAAUAAGUGGAUCAUGUAAGUUUAGUUUAUACGUAACAUUCACCCCCAUAGUUGGCCAAAUUAAAUUGAGGAACCAUGGGGACUGUUUAAAAACGAUUCUAUUGUCUGAGUUUCUUUUUAACGAUGUUGCCUUAUUCCCAGAACUCAGCAAUUGACUUGGUGUGUAUGAUGAACAGAAACUAGAUCCAAGUUGUGAUUAACCAGAUUUAUCCUUUGAGCUAAUCGAACUUCUCAAUGUAUAUGUCACACACACACACACACACACACACACACACACACGCACACACACCCUGAUGUCCUACCACUUUGUUAUUCUGUGAAAGAAUUGUUUAUUGAGCCAUGUAAACCUUUGGAAGUGACCUCCUGACUUACUGGGACCUUAAAGAUUUUACUGCAUGUGAUACAACACUAUUCAGGUCCCUCAGCAUAUUGUGAUCUUUGUUUAAAAAUUAAGCAAAUGCUGUAGAAUUGAACAAUUUGAUUUACAGUUGUUGUAUUUUUUACUCUGUGUUUUAAUAUGUCAAAAUGUUUUGUAAAAUAAUGACACAUUUUUGCUACUACUAACUGUGAAUAUCUGUGUUUUCAAAAUAAAACAUUAAAUCCAAACAAA